UGGAUUCAGGCAAAGUCCACAAAGGUGUGAGUGAGAUAAGCUUGUCUCACUGAACUCUGGGUCACACGACAGCAUUAAACCCCAUCAACAUAAGGACGGAUAUGUUGCAGCUGAGCAUUGUAAUAGAAGGUCUUCUGAUUUUCCUCUUCACAGCUUACCAAGAGGUGUUGUCAAAUGAUGAUUGUGAGUCCAACUGGGGCAGCGAUGCCUGGAACUUUAAAUCAUCAAGAGUAUCAUCAGACUUUACCGGUUGGAUCCCGCCUGUUAUCAUCAGUCUUGCAAUAGUAAUUGCCUGUAGCUGCUUCCUCACCAUUUGUACCAGCUGCUGCACAUCUUGCAGGACAAGGGAAGAGACCAGUCCCACAGAAGAACCAACAGUGAGGGUCUCCAUCCCACCUCCUCCCUUUUCUCCCUUCAUGCCAUCGGCUCCACCAGUAAACCAGAGUGUGGAACCACCUCCUUACACAGAGGUUGCAUGGAAGCCUUACAUUUACCCACCUCCCACGGGCCAGCCACCAGCCUAUGAUAAUAUUGCCAUGGAUCCCCCUUUAGAUGACUGCCGUCCCCCUACAUCAGCACCCAAAGAUAGCUCUUGAAGAUCUUCAGUUUCAGCUUGAUGACCUACUAUUAUGGAGGAAGAAGGGCAUCUUUGAUCUACAAUUCAAUCAAGAGUCAUCUAGUCCAGUAUUCUCUUUCCAAGAGCGAAACAUGGAAAAUUACUUGGAUGGACUAUAACUCCCAUAACCAUAGGCCAAGGGAAUGCUGUGAUUUGUAGCUCAAAGAAGUCACUUUCUCAAGGGUGUGCCUUUGAAGCUCAUAAGCAGGACAUAGUGAUUGUCACCAUUAUUUAUUUAUACACUACGUUGCCCCAAAAGUGGGACUAAGGCUGCAUGAUGAUGAUGAUCAACAUACAAGGUGCCAUAUAUAAGGCAGAGAGAGAAAAUUAUCUUAGGGAACAUAUGCUGAAAGGUUUCAGAGGUAGAUCUUGGUUUUUCCAUCUCUUUUGGGCUGUUUCCUGCUUUUAGAAGGUAAAGCUACAUACAUCACACAGUUUGUCUUGGGCUUCUAAGUUAGCCUCCUGUCUUCAAGUAUGUGAAAAAGCUCUAUCCCAUCAUCUGUGAUUGAUUUACUAGUUUAACCACAUUCGAUCCAUAGAAUGGACCGAGCGUGCCAUUUUGUUCCUGACUUCAAGCACUGAAAUACAUUGAGCUGGGACUA